UCCCUCUCUGCCUGUCUCACGCAAGAAGAAGAAGAAGAAAUAUGGCAAUAGAAUACAGUUGCUGUGAAACGGGUUUCUUCAUUCGCAUUGUGAUAAUAAUAGCUCUGGUUUUGUUUGCUGGGCUCAUGUCUGGGCUCACUUUGGGCCUUAUGUCUUUGAGCCUCGUCGACCUUGAAGUUCUUGCCAAGUCUGGCACGCCCACUGAUAGUUCACACGCCGAAAAAAUCUUGCCAGUGGUUAGAAAACAACAUCUAUUGCUUUGCACCCUAUUAAUCUGCAAUGCUGCUGCUAUGGAGACACUUCCAAUUUUUCUGGAUAACUUGGUAACGGCUUGGGGUGCUAUUCUUCUCUCAGUAACCUUGAUACUUCUAUUUGGAGAAAUAAUACCCCAGGCUGUUUGUUCUAGAUAUGGUCUGGCAGUUGGUGCUGCGGUUGCGCCAUUUGUUCGGGUUCUUGUUUGCAUCUGUUUUCCUGUUGCAUAUCCAAUAAGCAAGCUUUUAGAUUUCUUGCUAGGGAAAGGACACGAUGCACUUUUUCGUCGAGAUGAACUAAAGACACUAGUUGAUUUGCAUGGUAAUGAGGCUGGAAAAGGUGGCGAAUUGACACGAGAUGAGACGAUGAUAAUUGCAGGAGCGCUCGAACUCACCGAGAAAACAGCAAGUGAUGCAAUGACUCCAAUUUCAGAAACUUUUGCAGUUGAUGUGAAUGCCAAACUGGACAGGAACUUGAAAAAAGUAAUAUUGGAGAAAGGGCAUAGCAGAGUUCCAGUAUAUCAUGAGCAACCAAGAAACAUCAUUGGACUUGUAUUGGUGAAGAACUUACUUACCAUCCAUCCAGAUGAUGAGGUGCCGGUAAAAAGAGUCGCUAUCCGCAAGAUUCCUAGAGUCCCAGAAACAAUGCCAUUGUAUGAUAUACUAAAUGAGUUUCAGAAAGGUCAUAGCCAUAUGGCUGUUGUCGUAAGACAGAAAAACGACAUGGACAAACCAGCUACUGCUACAAACCUAGAUGACGGUAGCGAAGUGAGAGAUGUAAGGGUGGACAUCCAUGGAGAAGGGCAUCCCCAUGAAAGAACUUUGAAGGCUGAUAGAUCGCUGAAGAAGUUGAGGGGUUUGUCUAAAGAGGCAAAACUAAAUAGAAGUUCCAAGGGGAAAAAAUGGUCGAAGGACUUCGAAUCAGAUUUUCUGCACAUCGAUGAAGAGCCACUUCCAAAGCUCAACGAGGAAGGGGAAGCCAUUGGCCUUAUAACGUUGGAAGAUGUUAUUGAAGAGUUGUUACAGGAAGAGAUUUACGACGAGACUGAUUAUCACAAUGAGAAUCAUCAUUCGUAAAGCUAUCCAUUCCAAGUAUACUACUGUACAGUGAUAAAAAAAAUGAGAUAAAAUCUUUAUAGGACUUGAGCAGUCUCAUAAAUGCUAAUGUUGACAAGAGAUAUAAAGGCAAGGUCCAAGAACAUUGAAGGAUUUAUGGCAUAAAUCGUUUAUCAGGGGCAAAGAGUUCAAUCUUUUCUUGAUUGACCUUUCCCCUUGUGAGGAGUGACAUUGAUACAAAUAUUGCUUCGUAUAUAGAA